AAUUAACUACGUCACAUCCUAUUGUCCAUUUUACUUCACUAGAAAUUGCAAAUCGUCUAUAGACAUUAACAACCCCAUAAAUAUCUUUUUUUUUUAUUCAACUUAGAAUGGCAAACAAGCUGUCGGCCCACCUGAUGGAAAGUGGUAACCGUCACCUAUAGACAUGAGCAGUAUCAUGGACAUAACAGAGUAUACUGUUUCGCCCAUGAUACACCCCAUGCGUUGCCAUUCCUGAGGACUUAGGUGUUAUUCCUCUGUACCCAGUAAAUUCACGCCGUAUCCCACCUUUCAAACCGGAACACAGCCAUGCAAACACAACUGCUUCACGGUUGAAACACGAAUGGGACAGAGGUACCCAAGCAAACGACUUUUGUACAAAGUCUCCCUCUGGUAAUAACUGGUAUCACAGUGUAUUCUGUAUUACCCAUAGUACCCUUGUGUUGCCAUUUGUGAAAACAAAACAGUCAAACAGCCUUACAAUAUAUACAUAUAUACCAACAAAAAAUAACCAAAACCUACUCGUAUUAUGCAAAAGGCCUAUCUCAUAGACUAGACAUGUCUCUCAUAUUCUCUUUCUACGUUAUAUCUUCUUUUUUCAAUAAUGGCUUCAAAAAAAGAAUAUUUAUGAAUUUCAGACAAAUGUCAGAAUAACACUAAGUACUGAUAAAUACUUCUAUAUUUUUUUACUAUUAUUAGUUUUUUUUUAAUUGUUAAAGCUAUACUCCGAUGGUAGGAAAUGGUUCAUACGCCAAGCAUCCAUAAUUCAAGCCAUGAAACACCACGUCGCAGUCCAACAACGGCGGGAACAUCACAUGGUGGUAAAUUUGAAAUAAAAGCAACACCACAAGAAGCUAUGAAGUACGACUUCGUGACGGCGAGAGAAGUUAGGAAAACCACAACCGUGAUGGAGUCUAUCGGCCACCUAAUCAAGAGUUGUCUCGGCGGAGGCGUGGUGGCCAUCCACGAGGCAUACAUGGAUUGUGGUCUGUGGACUGCCCUUGUACUGAACGUGUUCCUCGGGUUUGCUGUCAGCUAUUGUAUGUUUAUAUUGGCACGAUCGGCACAGAAGAUGUACGGCCGAAUACAAGUACCGAAGUUGACGUACCCAGAUCUGGCGCAGGCGUCGCUAGAAGCAGGCCCCUGGCAACGUUUGAAAAAAUACGCUAUGGUUUUUAGAUAUGCAGUGGAUGUAGUGAUAGUCGUAGACCUUUUCGGCUCCUGCUGCGUCUACCAAGUGGUGAUCGCUCGGACCUUGAAGCAGCUGGUCGAACAGUCGAAUGAAGUCAACGACGGCGGAACCCCUUCUAUAAGAAUAUAUAUACUGGGGCUAAUGCUUCCUUGCAUACUGAUUUGUAUGAUACUCACCCUCAAGUAUUUGGCACCGUUUUCAUUGGUCGCAGAUAUAUUUAUUGUGAUCGUAGCAUUUGCUACAGUUUAUUACGGAACAAAGAAUGCGACUAAAAAUCCUCUAGAGUUUGCAAUUUUCAAUAACAAUAUAGCUGGACUGUUCGAGUUUAUAGGUGUAUGCGUGUUCAGUAUGGAGGGGGUGGGAGCAACCCUCGCCAUCGAGAACAGUAUGACUGAACCGAAGAAAUUUCCCCUUGUGUGUGUUGGAGGAAUGUCUAUGGUUGUCGCUAUGGUAAUGACCGUUGGCUUUUUCGGGUACUGGGGUUUCGGAGAUAAGGCGAAAUCACCAGUUACCGUCAACUUCCCAUGGGAACCCUUCCCAAUCGUCCUAAAAGCAUUUAUGGCCCUCAUGAUCUACGUAACCUUUGCCCUGAAUUUCUGGAUCCCAUUCGAAUUGGUCUGGCACUACCUCAAGAAACGGCACAACCCUGAAAAGUACUACAUAUGGGAGCGAGUGUACAGAGCCAUACAUGUUAUUGGAAUCACGCUGAUCGCCUUUACGUUUCCUAAUAUCUCCAAGUUUAUCGGAUUGCUCGGCUCAUUUUGUCUAUCCAACAUGGGCUUCAUUUUCCCUGCCUUUAUCGAGCUAAGCUUGGUGUGGGAGGAGCCAGGUCUUGGUGUUAUGAAGUGGCGUCUCUGGAAAUUUAUCAUCAUAUUCAUAUUUGGAAUGAUUCUAUGCAUUGUGGGCACAUAUACAAAUGCCAAGGAAUUAAUCAAGGACGUGUUUUAUAAAAAUAAAUAGUGUGAAAAUAAAUUGAUUGACCUAUACCAAUUUGAUUGUGACUGCUUUUAGUAAAGCAAGUGUUUUGUACAUGUAAUAUUAAAUAUAAACACCAGAUUACAUUGUUAUUUCUUAACUUUCUUUUUAUUUUAUUUUGAUAAUAAAUUUUGUUAUUUUAAAUAUUGUUUCUUUUAUUAUAAUCAUUAGCAUUGCUUGUUAUCGUCUUACUGUUAUGACAAUGAAUUGUACAGGUAUCUAAUCUCGAGAAAUAUCAAUUAAAAAGAUAUUUUCACAAAAUCUCAAUGUAACGACAUGGAACAUCAAAAUUAAUAUUUUACCUUCAUAAACCGCAAG